UAUAUUAGACGUUAAACAUUUUUUUAACAUUAUAUCAAUAGAUACUUUAAUUUUUGGAAUCGACUUCUUGAGUGUUGCAUUAUAGAUCAAUGGAAUUGAUUUGGUAAAUAAGACCCAUGACGAAGCAGUAGCAGUGUUUCGAUCACAAGCGGGAACGACUGCUCAAUUACUUGUUGAGAUCGCAGCAGAAAACAGAAUUUUAAACGAGUUUCCUGCAAAUACUCACAUAUGUGCAGGAAGAUCACCACUUUAUGAAGAUAACCUGUCAAACCCUGGCUCAAUGACUCCUCUCAUUCGCUACGAAAAGGUAGAACAAAUGCGACCAUCAUCAACAUCGCUUACUAGAGAUGAAACAAGGGGUCAUGAGGAGGAUGAUGAAUCAAUCUCAAGUUGUACGCCAUCUACUCACUCCUAUCUGGAUGACGUCCCACGUACACCAAAAAGACCAAUGAGUUAUUUUGAUCCUAGAAACCCAUCUAUAAUCACGGAAGCGUUAUACGUGUCGAUUGGUUUGGCAGUCAUCUCCCUAGGAAUCUACGUUGGAUAUCGCUUCCUUCGUGGGAGAAGAAGAUAG